GUCAAUCACUAGCCUUACUGCUUUCUGCUCAACAGAACGUGUUUUUCCAUCAAAACUCUUGUGAAGUCUUCAAGUCGAACUCAAUGACAGUAGCGGAACUUGUGAAAGGAACAGCGGAACUUGUGGAAGGCUAUGAAACAAAAAAGACAGAACGUUUUAUACAGUAUGCUUAUUCUUCUUUCACUGUGUUGUUUGGUCAAUUAAGGUGUAAAUCUUUAAACGUAAACCUAAAACCUAAUAUUAAUGCAGUCAAAUGA